CCCUUAUAGUCCUCACAAUACUGGCAUAUCUCUCGUCUAUGCCAGACUCGACAGUUGUGUACUAUAAAAUUUGAUCAAACCAGAAGAUUGCCGCGAAAUCGGACCCCUAGUCUAAAAUGCCUCGAAAACAGACGGAACGCAAACGAAGAGUGCAUACUAGGUCACGCAAUGGGUGUGUAACGUGCAAGGCCAAACACUUGCGCUGCGACGAACAAAAGCCGCUUUGUGGACGUUGCCUAGCAAGCGGAGGUAGCUGCGGAUAUGUGGACAGGACAAACAAGCACUCUCACUCCCCUCAACCUAGUAGCGAUGGUACAAUCACACCAAAAGCCGAAGAGUUCGAGUUUUGGGAUGAUGGCUUUGCCUGUCCACCGGCCCCUCAGAACAUAUUGGAUGGCUAUCCGGGCGAUGCAUCAUCCGACUAUGGUUUACUUUUUGACUUGUUUUCACGAUAUCGAAGCGUGGUAGAUAGAGACGUAAGCCCCGAUUCACACGCAUUCUUAGUGGAGAGAGCUUUGUCAUGUCCAGCAUUACUUCAUGGUGCAAUACUGCUAUCAGCUCUGAGGUGGACAUGGUACUCCGGCUCAAGUGAAAACAUUCAGAAGUCGGCCCUACAUCAUAAGCUUGAGGCAAUAAAAGUCGUAAAUGAGCGCCUUCAGCAUCUUGCAUUGAUGGCCACCGAGACCACGAUAGCUGGUGUCGCAGCGUUGGCCAUGGCAGAGAGUGGCUUCGGUCGACCAGACACGGCACGCGCGCACAUGCAUGGUUUAUCUCAGGUUUUAGGAACAAAUGCAUUAACCCUUUACCCUAGUAAUAGUUUAUUCUACAACAUGAUUAUUUGCACAACCCAAGGACUAUCUCAGAUGUCAAUGCGUCAGAUCUUCGAAAUCACGCAGUCUAUCGAAGGUUGCUCAACUACACUCACACUAUUCAUCGAGCCAGGGAUUCAGACAUUAUCCGAAGACCCCUUAAACUGGGACGCGACACUUGGAGAGACCAUAUUGACAAGUUCGUAUCACGAGAGAACCGAUUCCGUGCUUCCCCGGUCAGAAGCAGAAAGCCGGGCUCGUUUCUUGCAGUGCUGCUUAAGGAUCCUAACGAUGCUGGGAGCCGGCAACAUGGAUUUUUUUAUUCUGAAUUGGUUCAUCGAAGCUCUAAUUGAUGAGCUCUCGAUGAGUGAGAAAUCAAUGCUGUCCGGCCGGUUUCCUCGUCAUGCAUGGUUCUGGGCCGCCAUGAUGGUACGGGUUGCGGUUACCAGUGUGCGACACUGCAGCACUUCAGAAGAACAACAAAUCAACGAAUGGAAGACUGUCACGAGUAGUCAAAUCAGACUCGUCGCCGAUGCUUUGGGUCUACAGGACUGGGCCGAUGUCGAGGCGCUACUUCGAACCUGGGUAUGGCGUGACAACAACCUAGACGCCCGAGAGCUGAGAGGCGUUUGGGAAGAGAUCGUCGCUGCCAAGAAGCAAAAUGUCGAAGAAGGCACGCUCAUUCCAGGGUUUUUUGAAAAGAUUUUCUGCAAUCCAGACGAGGACAGAAAACCAGUCAUUGUAGAUGAUGAAGCAUUUGAUCUGUGUGUACAGCACGCAUGGUCGUAACGAUAAAGAAAGCAAACUGGCUGCAAAGAAUAGACCAAAAUGGCCGCAGCUGUGAACAAAUUACUGUAUAAUUGACAAGGCC